AUCACAAGUCGCACUGACUGCAACAGAGCAAGUAACUAAAUAUUAUUAAACAUGAAAUUCUUCGUUGCUGCUGCCUUCAUCGCCACUCUGGCUUUUGCCAGCGCUGAUGUUUCCCACCUGGGCUACGCUGCCAGUGCACCAUCUAACCAAUACAUCCCACCUGCAGCUAGCGCUCCAGCACCAGUUUAUAGUGCCCCAGCUCCAGUUUACCAACCAGCUGCUGCUGCCCCAGAACCGGUAUACUCUGCCCCAGCUCCAGUUUACCAACCAGCUGCUGCUGCCCCAGAACCAGUGUACUCUGCUCCAGCACCAGCUCCAGUCUACCAACCUGCGCCAUCUGCUCCAGUCUCAUCUUACAUCCCACCUGCAGCCAGCGCUCCAGCACCAGUCUACAGUGCUCCAGCUCCAGCUCCAGUUUACCAACCAGCUGCUGCUGCCCCUGAACCGGUAUACUCUGCCCCAGCUCCAGCUCCAGUCUAUGCGCCACAACCAGCUGCAUCUGAAGUCUAUGAGCAACCUGCUCAAGAUGGUUACAGAUACCGCACUGUGCGCCGUCGCGUUUACAAACAACGUCGUUUCUAAGYUUAGAACUAAUGAAUGUCCCAAAAUAAAUGUUUAGUUAACUUGAAAGACA